AUGGUGGGGGUCCUGGCCAUGGCGGCGGCAGCUGCUCCCCCUCCGGUGAAGGACUACGAGAUUGAGGCAUGCAAAAAGCGAAGGAAAGAUGAUGACAGAUCUUCCUGCAAAACGAUUACAAAAUAUUUAUCACCAAUAGGGAAGACUGGAGACAGUGUUUUCUCUUCACCAAAAUCCAGUAAUAUUCUGGAUUAUUUUAGAAAGACUUCCCCCACAAAUGAGAAGACACAGUCAGCAAAAGAGUGCAAGAUAAAGUCAUCUGUACCAUUGCCUGCUGACAGUGGCAAAGACUGUAAAACACCUUUGGAAGUGUUCUCAAAUCUAGAGUUUAAGAAGAGAGGAAAGAGAGUUAAUUUAUCUCAUCGACUAAAUAGUGUUAAAACUGAAAAUGAAUCUCCAAUUAAAAUUAGUAGUGAUAGCAAAGAAGACACUAGUCUAAAUAAUGAUUUUGUAGAAAGUAGUACUUCUGUUUUACUCUGCAAGAAUCAUGUGGAGGUACUUGCAGAAAGUAUUCAAGAUAAAAAACACUCAAGCACUAUGACCUCCAUAAAAAGCUCUAAGAAAGUGAAUCCUAAACAAAGGAUCACAAAAAAUGAUUGCAAAAAAAUGAGAAAAAGGAAGCACAGGGAUAUAAUAGAUCUAUCUGAAAGCAUACCAUUGGCUGAGGAGCUAAAUCUCCAUCAAAAAGAUGGUAAAGAUAAGGAACAGAUAACCCCUUCCCUAACUAAUGAGAUCGAGAGUACUGCAAAUGACUCCAGAGGUGGUAUAACUAAAACAGCCCACUUAAAUGAUAGUACAAUUACUGUCUCCUAUGAGGAAUUUUUAAAAAGUCACAAGGAAAAUAAAGCAGAACACAUACCAGACUCUACAAUGUCUAUUUGUAUUCCCUCUGAAACUGUUGAAGAUAUGGUCAAAAGUGGUUGUAUAAGUGACCCAGGAACCUGUGAAAUUUCCCAACAUGUACGCUAUAAGACAGUUACUGUUCUUGCACAAGUUCACCCUAUUCCCCCCAGAAAGACAAGGAAAAUACCCUCCAUUUUCUUGAAACAGAAGCAGUUGGAAAUGGAAAAUAGUUUGUCUGAUCCUGAGAAUGAGCAGACUGUUCAGAAAAGAAAAUCUAACGUUGUCAUACAGGAGGAAGAGUUAGAAUUGGCAGUGCUGGAAGCUGGAAAUGCUGAGGCUGUGAAACCGAAAUGCACCCUAGAAGAAAGACAACAGUUUAUGAAAGCAUUUAGGCAGCCGGCAUCUGAUGCACUUAAAAAUGGAGUCAGAAAGUCUUCUGAGAAGCAGAAAGAGCUCAAUGAAAAAUCUUUAAACGAGGAAGGAAGACACAAUAAUUCUAAAAAAAUCACGGAAAAUCCUAACAUUCAGGUGGUUUCAAAUGAUGGCAGUUCACCAUCACACACUGAGAAAGGAAGUUUUCCUAACGAGAAAAGUAAAAAGCUGAAGAAGAAGGAUAAGAAAAUGUUAGGUACUGGUACUACCCCAGGUGAAAAUAGACAGGGAAAUAUUCAAAAGAAAGCAGCAACUUUUUCCUUUAGAGAUAAACAGAAUCCAAAUAGACUUAGAAUGAGUUUAAGACAAAAGAAAACAGAAGUUUUCAAAAACAGCGCAUUAUUUAAUAGUGAAAGUCUUAUUUGUAAAGAUUUAGUAAAUGAUGACCCUGUAAAGAUUUCGUCUCCGUGUAACAAGAAGUCUUCAAGAAAAACCAGCAUACCAGUUAAGGAUAAGGUUAUACAUUCUAAAGCUGAAACUGAAGACAGUUUGGUAAAUGUUUCCACACCCAAGCCAACCAGAAGAUCUGUAAGAAUCAGCAGCACACCUACUACAAUAGUCCUUAGCAGUACCGAUUCUGAAGAUGGCAGUCCAGCAAAGGCUUCCACUCCAAAAGCAGCCAACUUACUAGAAAAGCAUAGUUUAUAUACAGCAGAAUUAAUAACAGUACCUUCUGACUCAGAGAGCCCUAUUAGAAUGAAAUUCACCAGAAUUAGUACUCCUAAGAAAUCCAAGAAAAAAUCUAAGAAAAGAUGUGAGAAAUCUGAAGCAACUGAUGGAGAUUUUACUUCUCAGACUAGAAAGGCAAGCAGUGCUUCCAAAAAUGUAUCUAAAGCAAAACAAUUGAUUGAAAAAGCAAAAGCUUUACACAUUAGUAGGUCAAAAGCUACUGAAGAAAUAGUGACACCCUUGAGACGUUCAUCUAGACAUCAGACACUUCCUGAAAGGAAGCAAUCGUCAGAAACAGAAGACUCUGUGAUAAUAAUCGAUUCAAAUUGUACUUCUUUAAAGCAUCCUGAGAAAAAUCAGAAGAAACUUCAGUGUCUGAAUGAUGUGCUAGGAAAAAAACUAAACAAGACUCCUAAAAAUGUACCUGGGAAAAUGAAAGUUGCUCCUUUAUUUCUUACCAGAAAGGCUCAAAAAACAGCUGAUCCUAUUCUUGGUUUUGAUGAAAGCAGUCAAGAUACAUCCGAAAAGUCUCAGGAUUAUGAUGUGCAGUUUAAAGCAAAGCGUGACUGUGCUCGCUUCAGCAGCACAUAUUCUAAAGCAAAGCGUGACUUUCUAAUGAGUGGGUUGCCGGAUUUGCUGAAACGACAGAUCGCAAAGAAAGCUGCUGCAUUAGAUGUGUACAGUGCAGCGAGUGCUGGUUUCCAGAGAGUCGUCCAUGUACGACAAAAAGAUGAUGGAUCCCAUUUGUGGCAUUUGAAACCACCUACUUGCUCUCUCUUAACCAAACUUAAAGAACUGAAUACUAAAGUUCUAGAUCUCUCAAAAUGUGUUCUUGCUCUUGGUGAAUUUUCAACAUUGAAUUCAAGUUCUAAAAGUACUAAGUCUGCUGUUGGGUUUGUGGAGAGAAGGAAAGAUUUGACUGAAGAAGUAAGAAAUCUUUUGCUGGAGGAAAUUAGGUGGUCAAAUCCUGAAUUUUCUUUGAGGAAAUAUUUUUCUUUGCUUCUAAAAAAACGAAGUGAGCACCAGGUGCUUUCUGAGUGUCAUCGUAAACAAGAAAGUCCACAACGAGAGCCCAGUGUCAACCAAAAAGAAAGCAAAAGGAAACGAGUGGAAACGGAAAUUCAUAAGUCAAAAAGAAAGAAACCAAAUGAGUAUUCACAAAGUCCAAAAAAGAUAAAUGGGAAACCAGAAGAGCUUGACAAAAGAAACAGCUCCACUGGGAUAAAGCUAGAUUCUUGUAAAGAUUCUGGAACUGAAGACAUGCUUUGGACAGAAAAGUAUCAACCUCAGAACUCCAGUGAAGUCAUAGGCAAUGAGCUAGCUAUAAAAAAGUUACAUAGUUGGUUGAAAGACUGGAAGAGAAGAGCUGAAUUGGAAGAAAAACAAAAUUUGAAGGGAAAAAAAGAUGAGAAACAGGAAGAUCUGUCGGACAGCAUAGAUUUUAAAGGCAGUUCAGAUGACGAAGAAGAGACUCGCCUUUGCAAUACUGUUCUUAUAACAGGGCCAACAGGAGUGGGAAAAACGGCGGCAGUGUAUGCUUGUGCUCAGGAGCUUGGAUUCAAGAUAUUUGAAGUCAAUGCGUCUUCUCAGCGCAGUGGUAGACAAAUUCUAUCUCAACUGAAGGAAGCUACUCAGUCCCAUCAAGUGGACAAGCAAGGUGUAAACUCUCAAAAACCUUGUUUUUUUAAUAGUUACAACCUAGGCAAGUCACCAAAAAAAUUAAGCUCCCCUAAGAAAGUUGUUACAUCACCAAGGAAACUUCCUCCACCGUCACCACAAACUAGCGUACCAAAGCGAACACUUCCACCUAAAACUUUGGCAAAUUAUUUUAAAGUGUCUUCCAAGCCAAAAAAUAAUGAAGAAGUAGUACUUCCGGAAAAUAAUAAAGGAAUAAAAAAUUCUUGUGAACAAAAACCAAUUAUUCAGACUAAAUCUACAAACACAACUAAGUCAAAUGUCAAAGAAUUUGGAACUGAGGAACCCAACAGGAAAAAUGCAACAUCUCUCAUUCUUUUUGAGGAGGUUGAUGUUAUUUUUGAAGAAGAUGCUGGGUUUUUGAAUGCAAUCAAAACAUUCAUGGCAACAACUAAAAGACCUGUGAUCCUUACUACUAGUGAUCCAACAUUUAGUUUAAUGUUUGAUGGCUGCUUUGAAGAAAUUAAUUUCAGUACUCCUUCGCUUCUAAAUGUUGCCAGCUACCUACAGAUGAUCUGCUUGGCUGAGAACUUUAGAACUGAUGUGAAAGACUUUGUAACAUUGUUAACUGCAAAUACUUGUGAUAUCAGAAAAAGUAUCCUUUACUUACAAUUCUGGAUUAGAAGUGGAGGUGGAUUUUUAGAAGAAAGGCCAUUAUCCCUUUGUCGAGGAACUAGCAGAAACAUUCAACUUGUUUGCUCUGAAGAUGGCCCUGAUUCCAAAAAUAAACCUAAAAAUACUAAAAGGAGUCCUAUAGACCUUCCCAAAUGUGACACUGGCUGUGUUGAGACCUUGUUUGGCCUUAAGAACAUUUUUUCCCCAUCUGAAGAUUUAUUUUCAUUUCUAAAGCACAAAGUCAGAACAAAGGAAGAAUGGCAUCAGUUCAUCCAGCUUCUUACAGAAUUCCGAAUGCAGAAUGUAGAUUUCUUAUAUAGUAAUCUUGAGUUCAUUCUACCACUACCUGUUAGGAUCAUUCCAGAAACAGAAAACUUUGGUGGUGCAUCAGUAAGUGUGGACACCAGUGCAGCAACAAAAAAUAUGAAAUGUCUUGCUAGGAAACAUUCUGAAGGAGAGAAGCCAUCGAAAAAGCCACAAAAAAAGAAACAAAAGAAAAAGAUGGUAACUCUAGAUGAUAGUGACUUAUUUGACACUGAAUUGGACUUCUCUAAUGAAUUUCUUAGCCUUUCCCCUGCACCUUCCUCCUCAAAUUCAGAAGAAAGCAAAGCCAGAGACAAAGAAAGGAAUCCAGAGACAAAGAAACUGAACAAAUGGUUAGAGUCUAACAUGGAAUCUAUUCCUUGUUCUCCUAGAACACCAGCAGAAAAGAAAUGUUCUGCCCUUGUUUCUCACUGUUUAAAUUCUCUCACUGAGUUCAUGGAUAACAUGUCCUUCUUAGAUGCUCUUUUAACUGAUGUAGGAGAACAAAAGGAAUUUGGUCAAAAUGACUUCAGUUGGACAAAUGUGAAAAGCGGACUUUGUGAUGAGUUUAGUCUGGAGGCCAGUGAUGGAUGGACUUCUCAGAGCUCUGGAGAAUUAAAGGCAGCUGUAGAAGCUCUCAGCUUUACUAAAUGUUCGUCUACUAUUUCAAAAGCACUGGAAACCUCCUUGAAUUCUUGCAAGAAAUCAGGAAGAGAUCCAACGAAAGAGCUUACUCUUUAUGUUUCACAGAAGCGCAGCAAUGUAUACUUUAGUCAGUCAGCAACUAAUUUAGACAGUGCCUGGAAGAGGAUAGCAGUCAUUAAAAGUGUAUUUUCUAGCCGAUCCCUUCUGAACCUGGGUAACAGACAAGCUAAUAUAAUUGAGUACUUGCCAACUCUUCGGAACAUUUGUAGGACUGAGAAGCUAAAAGAACAAGGAAAAAGUAAAAGAAGGUUCCUACACUAUCUUGAAGGUAUUCAUCUUAACAUUUCGAAAGAGACUGUGAACACUUUGGCAGCUGGCUUCCCUUAAUAUUCCACAUUAACAAUGCCUUGUACAGAUUAUUAUGUGUUCCUCAAGAUACAUUUUUAUACUGAUUUUCA